UCCAAAUUCAAAUUUUACGCUCUCCAUUCCUCACGGCUACUUCAUUCCUUUCCUUAGCUUCUUUCUUUUGCUCUCCUUUUGUUUGUGAGAACUGUGAACCCUAGAAUCCCAAAUCAGGCACGGUUCAAAGAGAUUCUGCGGAAAUCGCCAUUCUGCGAAGCCAGAUAUGGCUUCUAGGAACCAGAACAGGCCUCCUUAUAGCCCCUCACAUAAAAAGGCAGCGGCUGAAGAAAUCCCCCUUGACAAACGUCGGAGGAUGGAUAGACCGGGAACCACCGGCAGGGCAAGGCUGCCAUUUAACCCAGUGAACAAAGGGCCAGAAGCUAAUACAACAAAUGAUGUUGGCGGUGCGGAUGGUUCAGAAUGUAGAAUUGUCGAGUUCACCAAAGAGGAUGUGGAGGCCUUAUUGAAUGAGAAGAUGAAAAAGGCAAAUCAAUAUGAUAAUAAGAAAAAAAUGGAGCAGAUGGCAGAUAUUAUUAAGCGGCUUAAGCUUUGUGUAAAGUGGUUUAAAAAACUUGAAGAAGGCUAUAUCGAAGAAAAGGAAAAGCUUCAGUCCGCACUUGAAUCUGCUGAGAAGAAGUGCAUUGAUACUGAGACUGAAAUGAAAAAUAAGAUCGAGGAGUUGAAUGAGACAAUAUCAGAUAUGAGAAAGACAAUUUCUUCUUUGGAAGAGAGAAUUGCAAAGGAAGAGUCGUGUAAGAGGGAAGCAAUUGAAUGUCAUGAAAAAGAAAAGGAAGCCAGAAGUGCAGCUGAAAAAGUGCAAGAUUCCCUUUCGACUGAGCUUGAGAAAGUUCGGCAAGAGAAAUUAGUUCUUGAGCGGAAGGCAAAUUCAAAUGAUGAAUUGUACAAGCGUUCUCAAGAGUAUAAUAUGAGUCUACAACAAUAUAAUAGUCGCCUCCAGUCAGAACUUGAAUCAACUAAUGAAUCACAUAAGAAACUGGAAAUGGAGAAAGCAACCAUUGUUGAAAACCUUAGAAACGUUAGAGGUCACAACAAGGCAUUGCAGGAUCAGUUGGCAUCUGUUAAAGCUUCAAUGGAAGAGGCUACAAAGCAAAAAGAUGGGCUAGUACAGGAGUUGAAUAGUCUUCGUGAAGAAUUGAAGCUAAUUAGGGAUGAUCGUGAUAGGCAGUUGGCACAAGUAAAGGCUUUAACUGAUGAAGUAGCGUACUAUAAAGAAUUUACAGGGAAUUCUUGUGCACAGUUGGACAACCUGACGAUUAAAAUAAAUGCUGUUGAGGAUACAUGUUCUUCUCAAAGAGAGCAAAUAAAUAUACUGCAGCAACAGCUUGCUGCUGAAAAGGAGAAAGUAAAGAUGGCAGAUUUAUCUGUUUCAGAAACAAGAACAAGUUUUGAAGAGCAGAGAAGACUUAUACAUGAACUACAAGAUCGUCUAGCUGAUAGAGAGUUCCAAGUGAUCGAGGGGGAGAAAUUAAGGAAAAAAUUACACAACACUAUCCUUGAGCUUAAAGGGAACAUUCGCGUGUUUUGCCGAGUGCGACCUUUGCUGCCAGAAGAUGGUGUUGGAACAGACAUGGUUGUUUCUUAUCCUACAUCAACAGAAGCUCUUGGCCGAGGCAUUGAAUUAGUACAAAGUGGGCAAAAGUAUCCCUUUACAUUUGACAAGGUCUUUAAUCACGAAGCUACUCAGCAAGACGUUUUCACUGAAAUAUCACAAUUGGUACAAAGUGCGCUUGAUGGAUACAAGGUAUGCAUAUUUGCAUAUGGUCAGACAGGUUCUGGCAAAACUUAUACAAUGAUGGGUAGGCCUGAUGCCCCAGAUUUGAAAGGAUUGAUACCACGUUCUCUAGAACAAAUCUUCCAGACUAGUCAAGCCCUCAAAGAGCAGGGGUGGAAGUACAAAAUGCAGGCUUCAAUACUAGAAAUAUAUAAUGAGACCAUUCGUGAUUUGUUGUCAUCAAAUCGGUCUAGCGGGAUUGAUCAGACGCGAACUGAAAAUGGUGUUCCUGGGAAGCAACAGUACACUAUUAAACAUGAUGCCAAUGGAAACACGCAUGUUUCUGACCUCACUAUUGUGGACGUUUGUAGUGUAAAUGAGAUUUCAUCUCUUCUUCAACAGGCUGCACAAUGCAGGUCUGUAGGAAGAACACAGAUGAAUGAACAGUCAUCAAGAAGCCAUUUUGUCUUUACUUUGCGGAUAUGUGGAAUUAAUGAGAAUACUGAACAACAAGUGCAAGGUGUCUUAAAUUUGAUUGAUUUGGCUGGAAGUGAAAGACUGUCGAGGAGUGGAGCAACUGGGGACCGACUUAAGGAGACCCAGGCUAUCAACAAAAGUUUAUCGUCUUUGAGUGAUGUCAUAUUUGCUUUGGCCAAGAAAGAAGAGCAUGUUCCUUUCAGGAAUUCAAAACUGACAUACCUCCUCCAGCCAUGUCUGGGAGGAGAUUCGAAAACACUCAUGUUUGUAAAUGUGUCACCUGAUGCUUCCUCUUCUGGAGAGUCACUUUGCUCCCUCCGUUUUGCUGCCAGAGUCAAUGCCUGUGAAAUUGGUAUUCCAAGGCGUCAGACAUCCGCCAAGUCUUUUGAUUCUCGGUUAAGCUAUGGCUGAAGAAGAAUGCAAUGGUGAUAUAGUAGCAAAACAAAGAAAUUGUUCUUUGGGGGAAAAUUUGACUUGUUAUUAUACUUAGUAUGAUACUGAUUUGUGCUAGUUUACUCUGUUGUAGAGUAAGAUAUUGUUCUGUGUUGUGAAAAAUCAUAAGAAUUCUAGAGUCCAAAAUCUCUAGUGUGUGUAUUUGAUGGUGGAGGCUUGGCUUUAGCCUCCCAGUCGGGGUCUGUAUCAUUUAGCAUUGAUUGGCUGACAUUAUUAAUCAGUUUAUUUGAGCAGCGUGUUAAAUAAUUAAGAGUAUGAAAUUCACUUAA